CUCGAUUUUGCCUCGAGUCAUUCUAUACCCCGAUGUUUGGAAACGCAGUUCCAUUGCGACAGCUCUUGUGAUCUGGGGACAAGAUAAAAAUCCGCUCGGUUUGCAUCGCAGAAAUAGGGGAUUGAAUAUUUCUCUGUUUUCUGCAUUGGGGUUUCACGGCCCAGAGGAAUCAUUGCCAAAACGUCUGGGACCACGCCGAAUGAUUCACACAUCGGGCUGAUAACAGGGCUGAGCGCUGAUCUAUAAGGCGCGCCAUUGCGCGCCUCCA